GGCUAAGAGCGGCCGGCUGGAGCCGCUGAGCCCCCGCUGCGGCCGGGAGCUGCAUGGGGGAGCACCGGCAGCGCUCGGGAAGAUGCCCCGGCCGGAGCUGCCCCUGCCGGAGGGCUGGGAGGAGGCGCGCGACUUCGACGGCAAGGUCUACUACAUAGACCACACGAACCGCACCACCAGCUGGAUCGACCCGCGGGACAGGUACACCAAACCGCUCACCUUUGCUGACUGCAUUAGUGAUGAGUUGCCGCUAGGAUGGGAAGAGGCAUAUGACCCACAGGUUGGAGAUUACUUCAUAGACCACAACACCAAAACCACUCAGAUUGAGGAUCCUCGAGUACAAUGGCGGCGGGAGCAGGAACAUAUGCUGAAGGAUUACCUGGUGGUGGCCCAGGAGGCUCUGAGUGCACAAAAGGAGAUCUACCAGGUGAAGCAGCAGCGCCUGGAGCUUGCACAGCAGGAGUACCAGCAACUGCAUGCCGUCUGGGAGCAUAAGCUGGGCUCCCAGGUCAGCUUGGUCUCUGGUUCAUCAUCCAGCUCCAAGUAUGACCCUGAGAUCCUGAAAGCUGAAAUUGCCACUGCAAAAUCCCGGGUCAACAAGCUGAAGAGAGAGAUGGUUCACCUCCAGCAUGAGCUGCAGUUCAAAGAGCGUGGCUUUCAGACCCUGAAGAAAAUCGAUAAGAAAAUGUCUGAUGCUCAGGGCAGCUACAAACUGGAUGAAGCUCAGGCUGUCUUGAGAGAAACAAAAGCCAUCAAAAAGGCUAUUACCUGUGGGGAAAAGGAAAAGCAAGAUCUCAUUAAGAGCCUUGCCAUGUUGAAGGACGGCUUCCGCACUGACAGGGGGUCUCACUCAGACCUGUGGUCCAGCAGCAGCUCUCUGGAGAGUUCAAGUUUCCCGCUACCGAAACAGUACCUGGAUGUGAGCUCCCAGACAGACAUCUCGGGAAGCUUCGGCAUCAACAGCAACAAUCAGUUGGCAGAGAAGGUCAGAUUGCGCCUUCGAUAUGAAGAGGCUAAGAGAAGGAUCGCCAACCUGAAGAUCCAGCUGGCCAAGCUUGACAGUGAGGCCUGGCCUGGGGUGCUGGACUCAGAGAGGGACCGGCUGAUCCUUAUCAACGAGAAGGAGGAGCUGCUGAAGGAGAUGCGCUUCAUCAGCCCCCGCAAGUGGACCCAGGGGGAGGUGGAGCAGCUGGAGAUGGCCCGGAAGCGUCUGGAAAAGGACCUGCAGGCAGCCCGGGACACCCAGAGCAAGGCGCUGACGGAGAGGUUAAAGUUAAACAGUAAGAGGAACCAGCUUGUGAGAGAACUGGAGGAAGCCACUCGGCAGGUGGCAACUCUGCACUCCCAGCUGAAAAGUCUCUCAAGCAGCAUGCAGUCCCUGUCCUCAGGCAGCAGCCCCGGAUCCCUCACGUCCAGCCGGGGCUCCCUGGUUGCAUCCAGCCUGGACUCCUCCACUUCAGCCAGCUUCACUGACCUCUACUAUGACCCCUUUGAGCAGCUGGACUCAGAGCUGCAGAGCAAGGUGGAGUUCCUGCUCCUGGAGGGGGCCACCGGCUUCCGGCCCUCGGGCUGCAUCACCACCAUCCACGAGGAUGAGGUGGCCAAGACCCAGAAGGCAGAGGGAGGUGGCCGCCUGCAGGCUCUGCGUUCCCUGUCUGGCACCCCAAAGUCCAUGACCUCCCUAUCCCCACGUUCCUCUCUCUCCUCCCCCUCCCCACCCUGUUCCCCUCUCAUGGCUGACCCCCUCCUGGCUGGUGAUGCCUUCCUGAACUCCUUGGAGUUUGAAGACCCGGAGCUGAGUGCCACUCUUUGUGAACUGAGCCUUGGUAACAGCGCCCAGGAAAGAUACCGGCUGGAGGAACCAGGAAUGGAGGGCAAGCAGCUGGGCCAAGCUGUGAAUACGGCCCAGGGGUGUGGCCUGAAAGUGGCCUGUGUCUCAGCCGCCGUAUCGGACGAGUCAGUGGCUGGAGACAGUGGUGUGUAUGAGGCUUCCGUGCAGAGACUGGGUGCUUCAGAAGCUGCUGCAUUUGACAGUGACGAAUCGGAAGCAGUGGGUGCGACCCGAAUUCAAAUUGCCCUGAAGUAUGAUGAGAAGAAUAAGCAAUUUGCAAUAUUAAUCAUCCAGCUGAGUAACCUUUCUGCUCUGUUGCAGCAACAAGACCAGAAAGUGAAUAUCCGCGUGGCUGUCCUUCCUUGCUCUGAAAGCACAACCUGCCUGUUCCGGACCCGGCCCCUGGAUGCCUCAGACACUCUAUUGUUCAAUGAGGUGUUCUGGGUAUCCAUGUCCUAUCCAGCCCUUCACCAGAAGACCUUAAGAGUCGAUGUCUGUACCACCGACAGGAGCCAUCUGGAAGAGUGCCUGGGAGGCGCCCAGAUCAGCCUGGCGGAGGUCUGCCGGUCUGGGGAGAGGUCGACUCGCUGGUACAACCUCCUCAGCUACAAAUACUUGAAGAAACAGAGCAGGGAGCUCAAGCCAGUGGGAGUCAUGGCCCCUGCCUCAGGGCCUGCCAGCACGGUGAGCUGGGACCAGGACGCUGUGUCUGCUCUGUUAGAACAGACAGCAGUGGAGCUGGAGAAGAGGCAGGAGGGCAGGAGCAGCACACAGACACUGGAAGACAGCUGGAGGUAUGAGGAAACCAGUGAGAAUGAGGCAGUAGCCGAGGAAGAGGAGGAGGAGGUGGAGGAGGAGGAGGGAGAAGAGGAUGUUUUCACCGAGAAAGCCUCACCUGAUAUGGAUGGGUACCCAGCAUUAAAGGUGGACAAAGAGACCAACACGGAGACCCCGGCCCCAUCCCCCACAGUGGUGCGACCUAAGGACCGGAGAGUGGGCACCCCGUCCCAGGGGCCAUUUCUUCGAGGGAGCACCAUCAUCCGCUCUAAGACCUUCUCCCCAGGACCCCAGAGCCAGUACGUGUGCCGGCUGAAUCGGAGUGAUAGUGACAGCUCCACUCUGUCCAAAAAGCCACCUUUUGUUCGAAACUCCCUGGAGCGACGCAGCGUCCGGAUGAAACGGCCGUCCCCACCCCCACAGCCUUCCUCGGUCAAGUCGCUGCGCUCCGAGCGUCUGAUCCGUACCUCGCUGGACCUGGAGUUAGACCUGCAGGCGACAAGAACCUGGCACAGCCAACUGACCCAGGAGAUCUCGGUGCUGAAGGAGCUCAAGGAGCAGCUGGAACAAGCCAAGAGCCACGGGGAGAAGGAGCUGCCACAGUGGUUGCGUGAGGACGAGCGUUUCCGCCUGCUGCUGAGGAUGCUGGAGAAGCGGCAGAUGGACCGAGCGGAGCACAAGGGUGAGCUUCAGACAGACAAGAUGAUGAGGGCAGCUGCCAAGGAUGUGCACAGGCUCCGAGGCCAGAGCUGUAAGGAACCCCCAGAAGUUCAGUCUUUCAGGGAGAAGAUGGCAUUUUUCACCCGGCCUCGGAUGAAUAUCCCAGCUCUCUCUGCAGAUGACGUCUAAUCGCCAGAAAAGUAUUUCCUUUGUUCCACUGACCAGGCUGUGAACAUUGACUGUGGCUAAAGUUAUUUAUGUGGUGUUAUAUGAAGGUACUGAGUCACAAGUCCUCUAGUGCUCUUGUUGGUUUGAAGAUGAACCGAUUUUUUAGUUUGGGUCCUACUGUUGUUAUUAAAAACAGAACAAAAACAAAAAACACACACACAAAAAACAGAAACAAAAAAAACCAGCAUUAAAAUAAUAAGAUUGUAUAGUUUGUAUAUUUAGGAGUGUAUUUUUGGGAAAGAAAAUUUAAAUGAACUAAAGCAGUAUUGAAUUGCUGCUCUUCUUAAAAUUGUUUAGAUUUUUUUCGGUUUGUACAGCUCCACCUUAUAGAGGUCUUACUGCAAUAAGAAGUAAUGCCUGGGGGACGGUAAUCCUAAUAGGACGUCCCGCACUUGUCACAGUACAGCUAAUUUUUCCUAGUUAACAUAUUUUGUACAAUAUUAAAAAAAUGCACAGAAACCACUGGGGGGGAUUCAGAGGUGCAUCCACGGAUCUUCUUGAGCUGUGACGUGUUUUUAUGUGGCUGCCCAACGUGGAGCGGGCAGUGUGAUAGGCUGGGCGGGCUAAGCAGCCUAGUCUAUGUGGGUGACAGGCCACGCUGGUCUCAGAUGCCCAGUGAAGCCACUGACAUGAGUGAGGGGAGGGCUGUGGGGAACUCCAUUCAGUUUUAUCUCCAUCAAUAAAGUGGCCUUUCAAAAAGAA